AGGUGGAAAAAAAAUGUAAAUAAUUAUCUCGAAAAUCUUCAAUGUAUUCAUCAUUUUUCGAAAAUUUCAUCGCAGUACAUUGUAUUGGAUCAGUUUAAUGAAUGAAAAAAUGUAGCAAAAUCUUCGAGUACUUGAAAAUCACCAGUAUCUGCUCAAUUUCGGAUACAGCUCUGGAAGUUUCGGCUGAAAAUGUUCCGUAAUCGAAAUUGGUUCGGACGAAAUAUAUGGAAACCUAAGAAUCCUCAUUCCUUGGAACAUUUGAAAUACUUGUACAAUGUAUUAUCGAAAAACCAAACUGUAUCAGAGAGUAAUCGAGGCCUGUUGGUUGAAACGCUACGUUCCAUAGCAGAGAUAUUAAUUUGGGGUGAUCAAAACGAUGGCAGUGUUUUUGACUUUUUCCUGGAGAAAAAUAUGCUAUCUUUUUUUCUCAAGAUACUUAAACAGAAAUGUGGAAGCUACGUAUGCGUACAAUUAUUGCAAACGUUGAAUAUAUUAUUUGAAAAUAUUCGAAAUGAAACAUCUCUUUAUUAUUUGCUCAGCAACAAUCACGUGAAUUCAAUAAUCGUCCAUAAAUUCGAUUUCUCCGACGAAGAAGUAAUGGCUUACUACAUUUCAUUUUUAAAAACACUCUCGCUAAAGCUGAAUUGCCACACUGUACACUUUUUCUAUAACGAGCACACUAAUGAUUUCCCUUUAUACACCGAAGCGAUAAAAUUCUUCAAUCAUUCCGAAUCGAUGGUACGCAUAGCUGUGAGAACUUUGACGCUGAAUGUGUACAGAGUGGAUGAUAAAUCGAUGCUGAAAUUCAUACGAGAUCGAACAGCUGCGCCUUAUUUUUCAAACUUAGUUUGGUUUAUUGGUAAACAUAUCAUGGAACUGGAUUCUAGCGUACAUACUGAUAUCAACCAAUUCGUCGGACAAAAUCGUCUUUCAGAUUUAGUUGCCGAGCAUCUAGAUCAUUUGCAUUACUUGAAUGAUAUAUUAUGUCUAAACAUAGAAGAUUUGAAUAUCGUGCUGAUUGAACAUUUGCUCAACAAGUUGCUCAUACCUUGGUAUAUUAUGUCUUUGUUACCAUUGAAAAAUACUCGUUUUUCCGUCCAGAACGAUAAGCAAGCUCAUAUAAGCUCUUCGUUAUCUUUAUUCCUGCUUUCGCAAGUUUUCCUCAUCAUUAAAGAGAAACAGCUGGUGAACGCGUUGGCUAAAAUAAUACUUAAAGGAACACCUGACAACGUAACGUUCAAAACUGACGUGAACGAUGAUACUAGCUGUAUCGAUGAUCGUAAACAAUCAUCAGAUAUUCCGGAUCCAUCUUGUAAUUCGACAAAGCACAGUAACGGAGUAGUAAAUAAUGACCACUCUUGUGACUCUGACGAUUCUGAAUCAACGACCAGGUUUCCCAUUACUUCAGUUUACAGUAUCAAUAUUACAGAUGAAGAAAAAGAACAAAGAUUAGCUCAAGAGAUAACUGUCAGAACUGGAUCAUUUCUAGAAGCAAUUUUGGAGAAUUUACGAUGUCGCGAGAACGAUUACGCGGUUCUAUUCGCAUUAUGUCUGCUUCACGCUAUAUCCACCAAUUCUGGUAUCGAGCAAUACUUACUAGAAGGAUUUCUAUUACCGAAGGAUUCAGAUCUGAAAUCUAAAUACAGUGCGUCCCUGAUUGAAAAAUUAAUCCAAAUAAUAUCCAUAAGCUGUCAGCCAGGUGUAAUUCUAGCUUGUCGAGUUCGUUUGGUUACUUUGGAAUUGACGACGAUGCUGUUGAAAAAACUAGUCAUUGUAGAUAGUAAAAGUAUUUUGUUGGAUGAACAUUACGCGGCUGUGAUUGGAGUUAAGGAAGAAAGUACAUCGUUGCUACGAAGUUACUAUAAAAACGAAGAUAUAUUCUUAGAUAUGUUCGAAGACGAAUAUUACGAUAUAAAGAAACGACCUUUGAAUGUGGAAUGGCUCAUGAUGGACUCGAAUUUAUUACUGCAGCCGGCCAAUACCCCAAUGACUGGAGUUGAAUUCUGCAAACGCCUACCCUGUGGAGAGGUUGAACGAGCUCGAAGAGCUAUCCGAGUAUUCCUUCUAAUACGUGAUUUAGUAAUGUGUCUAUCCGAAGAAGUCGAUACUCAAUUACCAUUGACUGAUAGAAAUGGUUAUACAGCUGUUGGAACAUCUUUAGAUUUGACACAAAGUGAUUUAAUCAACUGUAUCGUAGUGAGCAAAGAUGGCUCGAAAUGUCGACGUUUCUUGGCUACAGACAAAAACCAGUUAGUUUUAGUCGAACCUCAUGCCAGACUUUUUGGCUGGGGUGUUAAUAAGUUAGCAGGGUUCCUUCACGAUGUCGAAGUGACCGGCGAUAAAGAAGAAUCUAAAUGUUUGCAUGUUACCAUUCAUCAUACCAAUAUUAAUCAGGCUUAUACGGCUAAAUUCUUAUUCGACGACCAUAUUAGAUGCAUGGCCGCUAAACAAAAGUUGGUGAAAGGCAGAGCUAAAGCUCGUAAAAAGAAAAUGAUGCAGAUAGCCAAAUUACUCGACUUACCAGUCGCUAAUCAGCCUGCUACUUCUAUGCUAGCGUCUAGGCAAAACGUCACUUCUGUGCUGUAUGGAUCUUGUUACAAUAAACCUCCGUCGAAGACAAAACCCAUUUCUGAUAUAAUCUCCCCAUUGAGGUCGCAUUACGCUUUGGACGGCGACUCCAGCAGAAGUACACCUCUGACUUCUUGCGAAUCUUCACCUAAACUUUUACGCAGACCAGUGACACGUUUGGAAGAGAUCCAACUUGUAAAUAUACCAUCUACCGUAACCGAAGGUAGUAAUAGUAAUCCACCUGAAGAAGAUAUCGUUACCAGCGACGAGGUAGCAGAAACGGAAACUAGUCUCACUGAGCAAGAUAGAGAAAAACACAGAGGUCAAGUGAGAAUCGUCUAAGGAGCUAGCAAUAUAUUCACGAUUUCAAAAUGCAUCGCAAUUAUUAUACCAAUACCAACGUACAACGUACCUUCUUUCUUAAGCUAUACCUUCAGCUAACGUUAUAUGUUUUAUUUAUUAUAUUAUUAUCGUGGCAAUUUUAAUGACAUAUUUUUUUUAAUUUUUCAACGGCGAUUUUGUAGCCGUGUUGCGUUGUAUUUUAUUCUAUAGAUCUCUGUGGCGUUUUACUACUGGCGUAUUGUUUCACGUUGGUUAUUACUUUUUAUGUUCCUGCGCUGUGCUUGAGAAGUGAAUUGUAUUAUCGUGUCGUUUGACGAAUAGAAGUGAAUUUUUCAUACGCGAUUUUAUUAAGAAAAUAUAUUCUAUGUUUGAAA